GCGGAAACGAACGCCACGUUUUGUUGCUGUUUUUUGUUUUUAAUUUUUAAAUUUGUAAUGGAGUUUAAUGAAGCUAAAUCAGAGCUGAAGCAGUUACUGAGGAGAGUGGCUCCGUGUGAGCUCCACAAACUGAUGGACUGGAUCAGAAACUCUGAUGAGCUGGAGGACCUGCUGGAGGACAACAGCAGGGUGAUGCUGCAGAGCAUCGCCGACCACCUGAGAGCUCUCCUCCCUCUGGAGGCCACGUUACCCACCGAGACCACUGCGAACCUCAAGAUGCAGCAGCGGUCGCGGCCCACGGUGCACGUGGAUGGUUUCCUGUACGAUGACGAGCAGGUGGACUCUCUGUGUGAGGCGGGAGCGAUGAGUCGAAGCUACUGUCUGAACUGUGGCUCCUACAGGACAGCACCUUUAGACUUCAUCUCUCACUCAUUUUCCAUCUCUGAGCUUCAGUUUCUCUUCCAGAAUGUUCUUCCAGACCUGACUGGACGAAGGCUGCUUGAUGUCGGCUCCAGACUGGGAGCUGUGCUGUACGGGGGUUACGUGUACAGCUCGGCCUCUCAGCUGCUCGGACUGGAGGUCAGCGAGGAGUUUGUCCGGCUGCAGAACAGUGUGGUGGAGAAGUACCGGCUGUAUGACAGAGUCCAGGUUCUUCAUGCUGAUGUUUGUACGCAGGCAGUUCUUCUGCAGAACACGGAUGUUCUGGUCAUGAACAAUGUCUUUGAGUACUUCCUGGAGCCCAGCGAGCAGAUCAAAGCCUGGAGGUUCAUCAUGCAGGAGUUCAGGAAGAAAGGAGCUCUGCUGGUGACGGUUCCAAGCCUGCAGGAGAGUCUGAGUGCUCUGAAGGAGGCACUACAGCCCGGUUGGGUGGAGGAACUUCCUGUGGACUAUGAUGUCAACCUGAGAAGAGACAUGGACCUUGAAGCACUGAGACAGAUCCACCUGUACAGGAUCAUGUGACCAAAGACAGAUCCACCUGUACAGGGUCGUGUGAACUUUUUCAGAACUGCUCUGGUCCCCACAUUCCUGAAAAACCAGUGUUCUAAGAAAAAGAGGGUUUGGGACCAGGGUGCAGAUGAACCUGGUCCUGGUACUGUUCAUCAUGGUUGCAAAGAUCUGAUGGAGCUGUUGUGGACAGAUUCAGAGAGGUGUGAGGUUCACUGAUUGCAAAAAAAAAAAAAAAAAAAAAAAAAAAAAAAAGUGAAAAAAAAUAUUAAAAGGGAAAAAAACAAAACUCAAUAAAC